AUGAAGCUGAAAGAGAUUGACCGAACUGCCAUGCAGGCAUGGAGCCCUGCCCAACAGUACCCCAUUUACCUGGCCACAGGUACAUCAGCUCAGCAGCUGGAUGCAACCUUCAGUACCAGUGCUUCUCUAGAAAUAUUUGAGUUGGACUUAGCAGACCCUUCGCUGGACAUGAAGUCCUGUGCCACUUUCUCAUCUUCUCACAGGUACCACAAGCUGAUCUGGGGGCCACACAGCAUGACCUCAGAUGGGAGAGUCUCUGGAGUCCUGAUUGCUGGGGGGGAGAAUGGAAAUGUCAUCCUGUAUGACCCAGCCAAAAUCCUUGCUGGAGACAAGGAAGUCAUCAUAGCCCAAAAGGACAAGCACACAGGACCAGUGAGAGCCCUUGAUGUCAACAUGUUCCAGACCAAUCUGGUGGCCUCUGGUGCUAAUGAGUCUGAAAUCUACAUCUGGGACUUGAACAACUUUGCCACACCAAUGACACCAGGAGUGAAGACUCAGCCUCUGGAGGACAUCAGCUGCAUCGCCUGGAACAGGCAGGUGCAGCACAUCCUGGCGUCUGCCAGCCCCAGCGGCAGAGCUACCGUGUGGGACCUCAGGAAGAAUGAACCCAUCAUCAAAGUCAGUGACCACAACAACAGGAUGCACUGCUCAGGCCUGGCAUGGCACCCUGAUGUGGCUACCCAGAUGGUUUUGGCCUCAGAGGAUGACAGGUUGCCUGUGAUCCAGAUGUGGGACCUAAGAUUUGCCUCCUCACCUCUCCGUGUUCUAGAAAGCCACACAAGGGGUAUAUUGGCCAUUGCUUGGAGUAUGGCAGAUUCAGAGCUGCUGCUGAGCUGUGGGAAGGAUGCAAAGAUCCUCUGCUCCAACCCCAACACAGGAGAGGUGCUGUAUGAGCUGCCCACAAACACCCAGUGGUGCUUUGAUAUCCAGUGGUGUCCCAGGAACCCCUCAGUCCUGUCUGCAGCCUCGUUCGACGGCCGGAUCAGCAUUUACUCCAUCAUGGGAGGCAGCAUGGAUGGCCUGAGGCAGAAGCAAGUUGACCAGCUUUCAUCAUCUUUUGGGAACCUUGAUCCAUUUGGUACAGGCCAGCCCCUGCCACCCCUGCAGCUUCCCCAGCAGGCUGCCCCCCAGAGCAUUGUUCUGCCCCUCAAGAAACCUCCCAAGUGGAUCCGGCGCCCUGUGGGAGCAUCGUUCUCGUUUGGAGGCAAGCUGGUGACCUUUGAGAACCCCAAGGCUCAGCAGCAGCCAGGCAUGGAGCAGCAGCAGCAGUGUCACCAUGUCUACGUCAGCCAGGUGGUCACAGAGAAGGAGUUCCUGGCCCGCUCAAACCAGCUGCAGGAGGCUGUGCAGUCUGAAGGCUUUGUCAGCUACUGCCAGGAGAAGGUUGACAUGGCCCAGAGUGACUUUGAGAAGAACGUGUGGGCCUUCCUGAAGGUGAACUUUGAAGAAGAUUCACGUGGUAAAUACCUUGAGCUCUUGGGAUACAGGAAAGAUGAUCUGAAGAAGAAGGUGAAUAUUUCAUCCACUCUGAACAAAGACAUUCUGGCAGAUGGUGACUUGGGAGAGGCUCCUGCAGAAUCUGAUGAAGCUGUGCUGAACGAGGGGCACAAAGGCCUGGCUACAGAGGAGCAAUUCUUGGGAGAGAUGGUGAAGGACCGUAAAAAGGAAACUGAAGAUUUGGGACCUGCAAAGAAGACCUUUAAUAUCUCUGUUGGUGGAGAUGUGGAUGGUUUGCUGAGCCAGGCGCUGCUGAGCGGGGACUUCGAGAGCGCGGUGGAGCUGUGCCUGUACGACAACCGCAUGGCCGACGCCAUCAUCCUGGCCAUCGCCGGCGGCCACGACCUGCUCGCCAGGACACAGCACAAGUACUUUGCCAAGAUGCAGAGCAAAAUCACCAGGCUCAUCACUGCAGUGGUAAUGAAGAACUGGAAAGAGAUUGUGCAGUCUUGUGACCUGCAGAACUGGAGAGAGGCUUUGGCUGCUGUGCUCACCUACGCCAGGCCAGACGAGUUUGCAGCCCUUUGUGAUCUGCUGGGGAGCAGGCUGGAGAGCGAGGGGGACAGCCUGCUGCAGACACAGGCCUGCCUCUGCUACAUUUGUGCUGGCAACGUGGAAAAACUUGUGGCUUGUUGGACCAAAGCUCAGGAUGGAAACAGCCCCCUGGCCCUUCAGGAUUUGAUAGAGAAGGUGGUAAUCCUGCGCAGAGCCGUGCAGCUCACCCAGGCUGUGGACCCCAAUGCUGUGGGGGCCCUCUUGGCUGAGAAGAUGAGCCAGUAUGCCAACCUGCUAGCUGCCCAGGGCAGCAUUGCUGCAGCUUUGACCUUCCUGCCUGCCAACACCAACCAGCCCAACAUCGUGCUGCUGCGGGAUCGGCUUUGCAGAGCCCAGGAGGAGCUCCCCAGGACUCAGCAGCCCCUCAAGGCACCCUGUGAGAGGCAGCCUAUGCCCAAAGGACCAGCUGGCCCUGGGGCUGGCCAGCUGCAGGGUCCCCAGGCUCCAGCCCAGCAGUAUUACCAACAGGUUAGAAUUGCCCCUACUGUCACUACCUGGAGUAACAAAACUCCUACUGCCCUUCCCAGCCAUCCUUCUGCAGGCUGUCCCUCUGACACACAGGGAGACAACCCUCCUCCUGCAGGGUUCAUCGUGCCAGGUGCCCUCAGCCCUGCCCUGCCAGCACAGCAGGCCCCAGCCUCCAGCUACAGCCUCUACUCGCAGGCAGGCGCCCGCCCAGCGUACCCUCCGAUGUAUCAGGCCACACAGCAGUACUCUUGUGGAACAGGGGGACCAGCACUCUAUCAGCUUCAGCAGCCUCUCACUGCCCCUGCUUCAGCCUCUUACCCUAACCCUGCUCCCAACACCACCCCUCCCUACCUCUCCUCUGCCCCUGCCCACUCCGUGCCCUCCCCGCUGUACCCCGGGCAGCCUCAACCCUCCUCGACCAGCCUGAACCCAGUCUCCUCCUUCCCUCUUCCUCCUUCUGGCACCUCCUUUCAGCAUGGCAGGCCAGGACCACCAGCAACCUCUGUGGCUUAUGCAUUACCUCCUGGACCAACAGGUACUCUGCCUGCAGCCAGUGACCUUCCUGCAUCCCAGAGAACAGGACCUCAGAAUGGAUGGAAUGAUCCUCCUGCCCUGAACAGAGCUGCCAAGAAGAAGGUCCCUGAUAACUUCCUGCCCCCUGUGCCCAUCACCUCGCCCAUCAUGAACCCGCUGGCGGAUGCGCAGUGCCCGCUGCAGCAGCCCCCAGCUCCAGCCCCCCUGGUGGGCACGCCUGGCUUCCAGCCUCCACAGCUGCUGGCAGGGCCCCCAGGGCAGGGGGGCUUCUCCCCUGCCUCCCAGCCCCCAGGGCCCUGCAUCCUGCCACCUGCUGCCUCCAAGCCCAGCACGGAGGGGGCUCCCGGGGCCCCCAUCGGCAAUGCCAUCCAGCAGGUGCAGGCACUGCCAACAGAGAAGAUUACCAAGAAACCCAUCCCUGAGGAGCACCUUAUUCUGAAGACCACCUUUGAAGCUCUCAUCCAGAGGUGUCUGCUGUCUGCCUCUGACCCGCAAACCAAGAGGAAGCUUGACGACGCGAACAAGCGCCUGGAGUUCCUGUAUGACAAGCUCAGGGAGCAGACACUCUCCCCUGCCAUCCUGAGUGGCCUGCACAGCAUGGUGAAGAGCAUCGAAAGCCGCAACUACGCUGAGGGGCUGAACGUCCACACGCACAUCGUCAGCACCAGCAACUUCAGCGAGACCUCUGCUUUCAUGCCUGUUCUGAAGGUUGUCCUGACCCAGGCCAACAAGCUGGGUGUCUGAAGGGGGCCUGCUCUGGCCAGGCCUUUGAGGGUUGCUUUUCCAAAGAAGUUCAUUUCCACAGCCUCCAUCGCGGAAUCCGGACCAGGAGCUGCUCCUGGCGGCAGAGCGCAGGCAAGCGGCAAUUCCACUCUCCCUUCUAGGAGGGCCCUGGGGCCCUGGUGCUUUCCUUAUUUUGAUCCUUCUCCCACCCCCCCAGACCUCCAGGUAGCCUGUUUAAUGGAUGGUGCCCAUCCUGGCAGUUUUUAGAUGCAUGUUCUCCUGCUACCCUGUGGCUUUUAAUAACGGAUCUGUGUUAAGGAUGCCACCAAAGGCUGUACGCCAGACCCCAAACCAGAUGAUUCCCUUCACCCCACUCUCCCCUUCUCCACCAGAUUAAAAAGACUCUGAUCCCUCUUAUCAAGUGUAGUUGGUCUUUCAUUUUAUGGAGCUGCUUUGGCACUUCUCCACUUUCCCAUGGUCAAAUAGCUUCCUUUUGCACUGGGCCAAAAGAGCUAAAUAAAGGCUGA